AUGGAUCCACCUGUCGUUCUCGGAGAAAUUCCACCAUGGCCGUAUAUGCCUGUGGAAGACGCUCUGGUGGCUGUGGCGCAUCUGCAAAAUGAUAGCGAACUUGUCGGCAAGUGUAAAGCUGAUGGAGGUGCGUCAACAUCAACUGAAGAGCUUGAAGCAACGUUUGAUUGGGAUAAAGCUGUUGAUGAAGGCGAACUCGUCGGCAAGAGUAAAGCUGAUGGAAGUAUGUUGAUAUCAACUGAAGAGCUGGAAGGAAUGUUUGAUUGGGGUAAAGCUGUUGAUGAUGGCUUGCUGCACAAGUUUUAUAUGCGACGCGAAAUUGGGAUACUGAAGGCCGAAAUGACGGAGCGCUUUGAUCAAAAUGCAGUCACCGCGGCUGCGUUGCACGACCGCAUUCAGCAGGUAGAGAAGAACCGCAUUAUGCACUGUGGUAUCGAUGCACUAAAUGAUGGCAUCGCUCAGUCGCGAAACGUCCUCGAUGCUGUCGCCACUGAUGUUGGCGCAUGCCGUCAAGGCCUUCAGACGAUCAAAGACGUCGUCGCAGCGUGCAAACAGGCUGUAGAGGAAUCGCAGCUGCAUUUACGGGCCAGAAUCAGCGACGCGCAAACCGGCAUAAAGCAGGCAAUAACCACAGCUCGACAAGAACUCGGCGCGGGAAUCACCACACUACAAGACAGCCUUCUUGAUGCCGUUGGGGAGUGGGGCGCGAAUUGGGCAAGGAAUGCUGGCAACGACAAAAAAGCAUCAGCAGCGAACAUCUUCGCAGUGGCCACCUGCACCGACUUCGUCACCGGCCUGCCUGCCAAUGACAUAUCGAAGCUGACUGAGCGAGCUCUACAUGAACCAUGCAAUGCGGUCGUACUGUACGUCCGCGCAUCGCCUUCAUUCUACCCAUGCGGCUGCCUCUGCCCAACACCCACCUAG